UCAACCCCACCCCCCCCCACCCCAGUUUAUCCCAGUUUGUGCCACCCCGAGAGACUCCCCUGCCCAGAGCAGGGGGUCCCGGCAGGGAGCGGGACGGGCACCACCGGCGCUCACCGGAGCGGAGCUGCCGGUUACGUAAAGGUGCCGGCGUGUUUCCCUCCGGCCAGCAUCCAUUUCGCGGCACGCCGACCCGUCGGCAGCCCUGCGGUGAUGGCAGAGCCGCCGGCACGGCUGCUCGGUGCUCUCCCGGCGGCGUGCCGGUUGGCGCACGAUUUCGGCAGCGGCAGAGCCUGGACGCAAAGGUCAUCCCCUCGGUGAUCUUACACUUUGCCAGUCACAUGCUAAGAAUAUCCGCCACUGGCGCAGCCGGUGACGGUGGUGGCAGAGCUUGGGGGGACUCCCCCCUGCUUUAUUUGGGGGGGUUAAUUUUGGCGGGGGGGGGGGUGGGUGCUGUAAGAUGGCCGCUGGCUCCGGGAGGGGGGGAUCCCCUCAACGGUGACGAAUAAGAGCAUUAAAACCUCGUCGGAGCCGCACCUGGUGAGAGAUCCCCACCGAUCCGGUGCCGGCGGUUGCCAAACCGGCUCCGUGUGCCCGGCGGGGGGGGCUGCGUCCUUCGUCACGGCCUCCUCUUCCUCCUCGCUCCUGCGGUCACUCGUCCCCCUGUUUAAUUAUUUAUGACGAGGGCUUUGCCAGGGAUGUAAUUAAAACCGGGAGCGACCGCGGCGUCGGCCGGCAGCGUGGCUGUGCCAGGGCCUUCCCACCGUCGGGUGGGUUCGUCAGGGCCGAAGCGCUAACGAGCGGCUGUAAUUACACGCUCGCACCGAGGAGGAGCCGUCACCGUCACCGCCGCGGUUGUGGGAGCGCUCAGCUGGCGUUCGCCUCUUGUUUUGGCUCGCUUGCCGGUAUUUUUAGCACGACAGCGGCGAGGCACCGCGGGGGAAGCCGGCGGCUCACCGGGACCGUGCCGAGCCUAAACCGUAAGGGAUUUUUAGCCGGACGCGUGCCGGUGCUCGUCCCGAAGCCAUCGCAGGUAUUUUGGAGCCGGGACCCUCGUCUCGUAACCGUGCUUCGGCAGCAAUCACGGCGGGGCCGGUUUAAGGCCCGGCUGUCGCCCUCCGGGCCCGGCAGGAGGGAAAAUCCAAAACCUUUUGGAGCCGGAACAAUGGAUGUCCUGGGAAUCUUGCUGGAAUUUGGGGGGUGACACCCCCCCACCCCGGGACAGGCUGGACCCCGCUACGGUGUCCCAGCUGGGCUGGAAAGCUGCCGGCUCUGCCUGGCCGGUCGUGGAGCUCGUCCUGGAGGUGACGGCAUUCCAGCCCAGAGCGUUCCGGCCUCCCACCGGAUUUGAGGGAAGGAUUUUCACCGCGGGAGCCCGAAGCUGCCGGCAAGAGCUUUCACAUCCGUCGGGAACAGCCACGUGUCCCUUGAAUGAUCCCUGCUGUCACCAGAGACGAUGGAAAAGCAUCCGGCCUGGUUGCUGUCUGCCUCCUGACCCCCUCCGGCAGCUCCCGAUGGAUUUGGUGGUACCGUCACCCGCUCCGCCGGGCGUUUUAUGGGCGAUGCUUUUACCCGGACCACCCGCAGCGACGAAGACGGCAUCGCCUUGCGGCAAACUCCAGAAAUACGGCGCUGGCUCUUUGCUCUCGGGGGCUGCUCUUUCCCUCUGGUUUUCGGGACGGAUGGAGGAGCGGAUUGGGAUCGCUCCGGUGCCUGAAGCGCUGCUGGAAUCUCCUCCGAUGCCGCUCGCUUUGGACGGGGGCUGCCACGAAGCAUCCUGGCUCGCGUGGUGCCGUAUCUUCUUCCCCUCCUCGAGGGUCUCACCCGGCACGGCUCGGCAGCUGGUGUAAAUGCAUCUUAAACUGAUUUUUGCCCUAAACCCCAGAGAUUUCUUGAUGUAGAGAGGGAAAACCGCUCCUCUGGGAAUCCGGAUGCCACCUUUGGCUCCGGAACUUGUCCUCUGCGUGCGGGACCUGAGUCCCAUCCCGGCAAUCCGAGCCCUGGGAGCCGGUUCCCAUCGCUUUGCCGGUGGGUUUGUCUGCGUCGAUGGGUCUUCCCCAGUCUCCCUCGGCGGGCUCCGGGGUUUUGUGCUGAUCCCGCUGGUUUAACAGCGGGCUCUCGACUCUUCCAAACCUGUCGGCGCUAACCUGGCAGCUGGGGAACGUUCUGGCCUCUGGGAUCCCAUGGAGCUGGGGGAUACAGGGAACAGGGGAAGCUUCCCCCCCCCCACCUCCAUUUUGGUGUAAUUCCCCUCAUUCCCCACGGUGGGAGGCGCUGGGGGGGCUCCGUUCCCCUCUCCCCAGCUGUUUUUGGUUAUCCUGAGUCCCGUGGGGUUGGAGGGGCAGCUUACACCCCCCUUCCAGACACGGGGAAUUGGAUUCCCAUGGGAUGGAUGGAAACCAGGGGAGGAGGAGGGAAGCUGGGAUGAAGCCUUUCCCUUCCCCUCCCGUGAGAGGCAAACGAGGUCAGUCCUAAUUACAGAAGCGACGCGUCGGAUGGGACGUGUCUGGGCCAGCGCGAGAGCCGGCAGGCGCUGGUCGAGGCCGGAGCCCCUGCCUGCUCUGCCCGGCCUCCAGCUUUGCAGAAAUGCUGGCAGCCGGCGCAGGGGCUCGGCCGGCUGGAGGGAGCCGUGUGCCGGGGUGGUUUUUCGGGAGGAGCGGGGACAGCAAAGUGUCUUUCUCCGGCACCGACGGGUCCAAAUUCGCUUUACUUGCCUUCGUGUGACUCGGUUUCCCCCGUGCUGGAUCCCGCGGGAGUCUGAUGCUUUAUUUCUCCUCUU